AUGUCUUUCAACUUUGACUCCGAUUCAAAAUCCACAUUAACAACUCACAACCUAUCUACAAUGUCCUCAUUAACACGCUCUCAACUUGGUCAGGUCCAGACAUCCUUUCCAUCACAAACACAACCAGUCCCCAUUCCUAUGUCAGCUAUCAGUGCUUCAUCAGGAGCCUCAAACUCACAACAAGGCUCGCCACUCAUGUCUCCUGACACUGCUGUUCUGACAACAUACUCCUCCGUCCAGCCCUCGCCUGAACCAAUUCGAGGUCGGGAGGAGGAGGUUUUCCCUUCCAGCUUCCAGUUGCCCGAAUCUGUGUUAUCCCGGAAGACAAGCACAAACUCUCUUAGUUACAAUGCCAUGUCAGAAGUGGCCAACACCAGCAAAGGAGGUCUCAUCCGCCGAUUCUCAAACCGAGCACAACGGUUUGCAGGCAGAAGAAGACCAUCAUCUAACGCCCCUACGAGCCGAGAUGGAAGUGUCGGCCCAAGUAUCCUCAGACGCCGCAGUGACAGCAAUGCUACAGCACCCCAAGAGAACAGCGCUUUAACAGACACUGAUGAGGAACCCGAAUUCAUUCCCGACGACUCCAUCUCUAUGGUUGGCCUUGACGCUGCUGCCUACACAUCAUCCGCCAACAGUACUCAUGGCUCGAUCAGCGCAAGUGCUGGAGCAAUGGCUGGCCCAGUGCUCCCGGCUGAGCUUCGCAACGGAUGUCCGGUAAGGAAGGUUUCAAGGAAGAGCCGACCGAAGAGAAUCAACCUUGUUUACGAGACCGAAUCCAACAAGCUAUCAUGGGAUCCAACUCGGCCUCAGAAGUCCAUCCACGUGGAUGAGAUCAGGGAGAUUCGAACUGGCUCCGAUAUUCAACAAUAUGUUAUUGAUUACCAGAUGACCGACAACGUAAACUACUAUAUCCAAACUUGGUUCACCAUUAUUUACACAGUUCCCGAGACCUCGAAGGCACGAUUUCUUCACAUUGUCACCGACAACAACAAGAGCCUAUGCCUAUGGACGGAGUUCUUGGACGCUAUGUUGAGAUAUCGACAGGAACUUAUGACCUCGCUAAUGGCAUUCAACGAGCGUGCCAUUGCCCAGUACUGGCGGACAGAGAUGGCCAAGGAAUUUGGUGACCAGGUCCGAAGUACUGAGCAGGAAGAGAUGAACAUCGCCGGCGUCAAGCGUGUGUGCCAGAACCUCCACAUCUACAGCUCGCAAGCGACACUCGAAGUCAACUUCCACCUAUCCGAUUCUCGACGACGACAAAAGUUAAACUUCAGGGAGUUUAAGGACUUUGUGCGGCGCAUGAAGCAAAGGAAUGAUGUGCAACGAAUCAUCCGUAGCUUCGCUGCCAACCCCGAGUUUGGUCUCACUCUGACAGAAUUUCUAACCUUUCUACGCGACGUUCAGGGUGAGGAUGUUGACUCUAACCUGGUUGCCUGGGAGAAGCUGUUCUCCAGAAUGUGCCGUCAGUAUCGGAGCGACGAGGUUGAUGCAUCAGAAACCGCCGAGAUUAUGUCCGAAGCCGCUUUUGUUGGCUUUUUGACGUCAGAAGAUAACGAAGUGAUCAAGCCCGAGCCUGAAAACAUUGUCCUGGACCGCCCCAUGAACGAGUACUUCAUCUCAAGCUCACAUAACACUUACCUCCUUGGCCGCCAGGUUGCUGGUCAGUCUAGCGUCGAGGGCUACAUCUCGGCCCUCGUUCGUGGUUGCCGAUGUGUAGAGGUUGAUUGCUGGGACGGUUACAACGGUCAGCCUGAAGUUAACCAUGGUCGCACUAUGACGACCUCGAUCAGCUUCAAGGAGGUCAUGACCACUAUCAACAAAUACGCAUUCGUUAAAUCCAAGUUCCCUCUCUGGAUUUCUCUUGAAGUUCACUGCAGUCCAACCCAGCAAGCCACCAUGGUCGAGAUCAUCAAGGAGUGCUUUGGUGUCCGAUUGGUCACUGAGACUCUGGAGGCGUUCCCAGACAAGCUUCCCACCCCUUCUGAACUUAUGGAGCGUGUUCUUAUCAAGGUUAAGAAGCCACAAAUCAAGGAGGAGCCAAUCGCCACCGGCAACGACUUCCGAGGCCGACGCCGGGGUAACAGCCUCAAUUCGCCCAUGAUGCGACCUUCUGCUGCCGACACCGCUGCUAUGAUGCCUUCUCAGUCUCUUCCCCAGAGCCCUAUGUUGACACCAAGCCACUCAUCUCGAAGAUUGGUCAGUAAGACUCGUGUCAACACUAUCACUGAGGGCCAGGUUCAGGGUACGAUGAGCAGCAGCACCAGCGAUAACGAAAGUGUGUGUGAACCACCCGCCAAGAAGACCCCCAACAAGACGACCAAGGUCCUUGGUGAAUUGGGUGUCUACUGCGCUGGUGUCAAAUUCUCAGGCUUUGAUACUGUCGAUGCGAAGCAAUACAACCACAUCUUCUCUUUCAUGGAGUCGAGCUUUGCUAAGCACUCUCGUGCCAAAGAGCAGAAGAUGGCCUUGGAUAUCCACAACAUGCGCUACAUGAUGCGUGUCUACCCUGACCGAACUCGCAUUACCUCCAACAACUUCGACCCUCUUGUUUACUGGCGUCGCGGUGUCCAGAUGGCUGCUCUUAACUGGCAGACCUUCGACCUCGGGAUGCAGCUCAACCGUGCUAUGUUUGACGGAGGCAAGGACUCUUCCGGCUAUGUUCUCAAGCCUGCCGAGCUUCGAGACAUCCAGGUCCUCCCCUACAACUCCGACAUUGCCGAGGGCAAGAAGGAGCGCAGCGUGGUAUCAUUCAGCAUCGAUGUCAUCUCUGCUCAGCAGCUCAUGCGACCUGCCAACCUUCCCGCGAACAAGUCCAUGGACCCCUAUGUUGAGAUUGAAAUCUUCCAUUCGAACGACAAGCGCGAUAAGAUGGAUACCGAUUCCCACAUGACGAUGGAGCACGACUCGCCUCUGAAGGUUCAGACAGAGGUCAUCCGCGAGAACGGCUUUAACCCCAUGUUCGACAAGCAGUUCAAGUUCAAGGUCACCACCAAGCACCCCGACCUGAUCUUUGUUCGCUGGUCUGUUAAGCUCUCCAAUGACGGCGAGAGCUACAACGAGCGCCCAGCCGUCGCCACCUAUACCGCUAAACUCACCAACCUCAAGCAGGGUUACCGUACCCUCCCACUCCUCAACCACGCUGGCGACCAAUACCUGUUCUCUAAGCUCUUUUGCAAGAUCAAUGUCGAUUCGGUCGAGAAGAUGUUGAUCGAUGCCCCUCGCCGUACCCAGGAAGGAAACAAGCUCAACCGACUGGGCGGCAAGGUCUUUGGUCGUAUCAACACCAGCCCUAAAAGUACUAUCGAAAAGUCUAGCUCAGAGAAGACGAGCUUUGACAGUUAUUGA